GUAUGUAUGUAUGAAAAAACAAAAAACAGAGCCAAUAUAUACACAAAGAGAGAGAGAGAGAUAGCGUGAUUCAAUAGAAUACAAGUAGUGAAGGAGAAGAAAAGAAAAGUGAUUUAGAUAAAUGAAUAUAUAGUUUUUUUGUUUGUUGUUAGUUAUUUUUCUAUCUUCUUGUUUGUUGCUUAGUGUUUUCUGUUCCGCUACUCUUCCUUUAAACCACACUUUUUUUUUUUUUUGUUUCUAUCUUUCUUCUUCAUUUUCUCUCAACAACCUCCACACUCUCUCUCUUGCUGUUAAAUCUCUCUCUCUUGCUGCUACAUCGUUUUCUUUCUUACAUUCUAAUUCUAACUGUUCAAUAUCAACAACACAAACAAACAUUCUCACACUGUUUCUGUUUCUUAACAACUUUCUUCUUCUUCUUCUUCUUCUUCCUCUCUCUAACAACCGAUGGAAACAUCAUCAUCAUCAUCGGAGAAUUGUUCGGUGAAAGUUGCUCUUCACAUUCGUCCACUCAUUUCUGAUGAAAAACAACAAGGUUGCACUCAAUGUGUUUCUGUUAACCCUUCUAAACCUCAGGUUCAAAUUGGGUCUCAUUCCUUUACUUUUGAUCAUGUUUAUGGAAAUGGUGGAUCUCCUUCAUCUGAAAUGUUUGAGGAAUGCGUUGCUCCAUUGGUUGAUGGUUUAUUCCAAGGGUUUAAUGCUACUGUACUUGCUUAUGGUCAGCACAUAUUUGCUGCAGACAGGAUCCGGGAAAACAUAUACGAUGGGAACUGCCUAUAAUGACAAUAGUGGGAUUGGGUUGAUUCCUCAGGUUAUGAAUGCCUUGUUCAACAAGAUUGAAACUCUAAAGCAUCAAACAGAAUUUCAGUUGCAUGUUUCCUUCAUUGAGAUUUUGAAGGAAGAGGUAAGGGACUUGUUGGAUAUGGUGUCUAUGGGCAAAUCAGAUAACUCUAGCUCUAAUGGCCAUUCUGGAAAAUUAAAUAUUCCUGGGAAGCCACCGAUACAAAUUCGUGAAUCGUCGAGUGGAGUUAUAACACUGGCAGGGUCAACUGAAGUUUCUGUAAGUACAUUACAGGAGAUGGCUUCUUACUUGGAACAGGGUUCUCUAAAUAGGGCGACAGGAAGUACAAAUAUGAACAACCAAUCCAGUCGGUCACACGCUAUCUUCACAAUUACAUUAGAACAGAUGCGCAAACUUCAUUCAUCUUCUCCUAGCAAUGACACUUCGGAUGAGGAUAUGGGUGAAGAAUAUCUUUCAGCAAAGCUCCAUUUGGUAGAUCUAGCUGGAUCUGAGCGAGCUAAAAGAACUGGUUCUGAUGGUGUUCGUUUAAAAGAAGGUAUACACAUUAAUAGAGGUCUUCUUGCACUUGGUAAUGUCAUAAGUGCACUGGGAGAUGAGAAAAAGCGAAAGGAGGGUGUUCAUGUCCCUUAUCGAGAUAGCAAACUCACUCGACUGUUACAGGAUUCACUUGGUGGAAACAGCAGAACAGUCAUGAUAGCUUGCAUUAGCCCUGCUGACAUUAAUGCUGAUGAAACUCUUAAUACCCUUAAGUAUGCGAAUCGUGCACGAAACAUUCAAAAUAAGCCUGUUGCUAAUCGAGAUCUGAUAUCAAAUGAGAUGCAGCAAAUGCGCCAACAGUUAAAGUACUUGCAGUCUGAGCUCUGUUCUCGAGGAGGAGGUUCGGUUGAUGAAAUGCAGGUUCUUAAGGAAAGGAUUGCCUGGCUUGAGGAAACUAACGAGGAACUCUGCCGAGAACUUCAUAAAUAUCGCAGUAGAUGUUCUUUUGCAGAAAGAUGUGAUAUUGACGAAACAGAUGGACAUACUUAUUUCUUGAAAAAUGAUGGGCUUGAGAGGCGGUUUCGGAGUUCAGAGUUAUCUGACCAUCUAACAGCCGGAAGCAUCUCAGGUGAGGAUUCAAGGGAAGCUGAUGAAGUAGAAAAAGAGUUGGAGCAUACACUACUGCUAAAUACCAUGGAUAAAGAGAUGCAUGAGUUAAAUAAGCAAUUGGAACAGAAAGAGACUGAGAUGAAGCUGGUGGGAGUUGAUACUGAAGCACUCAGGCUGCACUUUGGAAAAAAAAUUAUGGAACUUGAGGAAGAGAAAAGAAAAGUGCAGCAAGAAAGAGACCGAUUGUUGCAUGAAGUAGAGAAUCUUGCAGUUAAUUCAAAUGGUCUGGCACAUAAAACGCAAGAUGUUCGUGGCCAAAAAUUGAAAGCAUUGGAAGCACAGAUUUUAGACCUCAAGAAGAAACAAGAAAACCAAGUGCAGCUACUAAAGCAAAAGGAGAAGAGUGAAGAAGCUGCCAAAAGACUGCAAGCUGAGAUACAGUAUAUCAAGGCUCAAAAGGUUCAGUUGCAGCAUAAAAUAAAGCAAGAGGCAGAACAAUUUCGACAAUGGAAAGCUUCCCGUGAAAAGGAGUUACUCCAGUUGAAAAAAGAGGGAAGAAGGAAUGAGUAUGAAAGACAUAAACUCGAGGCUCUAAACCAGCGCCAGAAAAUGGUUCUUCAUAGAAAGACAGAGGAAGCAACAAUGGCUACUAAAAGGCUAAAAGAAUUGUUGGAAGCCCGCAAAUCUUCUCCGCGUGACCACUCCGCUUAUUCAAAUGGACAUCUACAGCCUGGGCAGAUCAAUGAAAAAUCCCUCCAGAGGUGGCUUGAUCAGGAGCUGGAGGUGAUGGUACAUGUGCAUGAAGUUCGUGCUGAAUUUGAUAAACAAAACCAAGUUCAUGCUUCGCUGGAAGAAGAAUUGGCUUUUCUGAAACAAGCAGAUCAAUUUUCAGAUAGGCAGAGUAUCCUCACAGGAAACAACCGAUAUUCAAGACUGUUAUCCAUGUCACCAGAUGCAAAAGUUGCGAGAAUAGCUUCUAUUGAGAACAUGCUACUAAUGUCCUCAGCUGCUUUGAAAGCCAUGACUUCCCAACUUACUGAGGCAGAAGAAAGAGAACGUGCAUUAAAUAGCCGUGGACGUUGGAAUCAGUUACGCUCAAUGGGAGAAGCAAAGAACGUGCUUCAGUAUUUGUUCAACGCUACAGCAGAAGCAAGGUGCCAAUUGUGGGAAAAGAAUACGGAACUGAAGGACUUAAAAGAGCAACUUAAUGAGUUUGUUAUACUACUACAACAAAGUGAAGCACAAAGGAAAGAACUUGUAAAAGAGAGAGAAAUUGGGGAACAAGCUUUUGCCAGCACAUUGAAUACACCAGCAUCGGAAAGCUCGCGGUCCUUGAAACACCUUGCGGAUGAAAUGAGUGGUCCGUUGUCCCCAAUGUCACUUCCUGCACCAAAGCAACUCAAAUUCACCCCUGGAGUUGUUAAUGGGUCAGUCAGGGAGUCAUCUACAUUUCUAGAUGACGCACGAAAGAUGGUACCCAUUGGAGAUUUGUCAAUGAAGAGACUAGCAGCUAUAGGACAAGCCGGAAAACUUUGGAGGUGGAAGAGAAGUCAUCAUCAAUGGCUGCUACAGUUUAAAUGGAAGUGGCAAAAGCCCUGGAAACUCUCAGAAUUGAUCAAACACAGUGAUGAAACAAUCAUGCGAUCAAGACCUCGAGCACAAGCUUUGAUUAAUGUAAUGUGAUAACGAGUUCAAAUGAAAGGACAUUUCUAUCUCUGAAUGUUGACCACUUUUUUUCAGCAUGGCUUACUAGAGUUCGGGUAAUUACAGGCAUGAUGUAAAUUGCACGAGUUUCCUGUUAUUUGUCAGGGAAAUUUUGGCAGUUGAAGAAAGUUGUCUUGGUUUUCGGUAGCUUGUACACACAAUAGGCGUAUGAUGACAUUGACAAUAUCAGAGGAAAGAAUUGGUUUUAGAAGGUUAAAAGGGAAAAUGCGGCACUCUUGCAUAUACUAGAAUACGACGAAGUUGUUCAUUGUUUAGUUAGUUUUCCUUUUAAACAAAUUUUGUAAAUUGUGAUCGACAUAGACUGAGACUGCUGUUGUACAGAUGAAGUAUUUCCCAAAAUAACUUGUGUAUUGUGAUAUUAUCUGAUUGUCUUCAUAAUCAGUGUUUCUGUUGAAUAUAUAUACAUUGACACCCCUAA